UUAUUACUACAAAUGCAGAUAAUUCUGCACCCAAAAAAAAUUAAAAAAAGCUGAAGUUGCAGUUAAGAGGGAUUCAUUUAUGGCCCUUUUUCUUUUCCCUUUCUCAUUUUGAUUUCUCAACUGUUUACAUAAUUGCAUUACUACUAUUACCACAUCUUUAGAAGUUGUAAAAUUCGCUUUACAAUUGGCAAAGUUGAUAGUUUCCUGCUCAAUUUGGUUGCUUGUUGAGCUGAUUCUUUUAUUUUAGUUCAGUUCUUGAAGGUCAUGCUUGUUAGGAAGCUUUUUGUUUUCUUGAUUAUUGCUCUCAGUUGCUUCAAGGUGCUGAGAUUUGUUGGGGCAAAGCUGGUCCAAGAAGAAGUUGAUGCUCUGGAAGAAAUUGCAAGGACAAUGGGCUCAACAUACUGGAAGUUUAAUGCUGAUUCUUGUGAACUUGAAGAGGUUGGAAUAACGCCAGAGCCACCAGAGAAUGCACAGUACAGCAUAGACUGCAAAUGCAAUAAUGAGAACAAUACUGAUUGUCACGUCAUAAGGAUAUUGCUCAAGGGUUAUAAUCUUCCUGGGGUUCUUCCUUCUCAACUUGUUAAGCUUCCUUACCUCCAAGAAAUUGAUUUUGCUUACAACUUGCUCAAUGGUUCCAUGCCACGUGAAUGGGCUUCAUUGCCAUUGACCUCAAUCUCUGUUCUUGUAAAUCGCUUGUCAGGAGAGAUUCCAAAGGAAUUGGGAAAUAUUACUACUCUUACAUAUCUGUGCCUUGAAGCAAAUCAAUUUUCUGGUGCCAUACCUUCUGAACUUGGAAAGUUAAUCAACCUGCAAACAUUGAUUCUAUCCUCAAAUCUGUUGACUGGAAACUUGCCGAUGUCCUUUGCUGGGCUAAUUAAUCUAUCAGAUGUGAGGAUAAAUGAUAACAACUUCAAUGGAACCAUUCCUAACUUCCUACAGAGCUGGAAAAGACUUAUAAGAUUAGAAAUGCAUGCAAGUGGACUGGAGGGCCCCAUUCCAUCAAAUAUUUCCCUUUUGAAUAAUUUAGUUGAGUUGAGAAUUAGUGACAUAAGAGGACCAAGCCAAGGCUUCCCUAAUCUAAGCAACAUGACAGGCAUAGCAAGACUGGUUUUGAGGAACUGUAACAUUUCCGGGGAGCUUCAUCGCUAUAUCUGGAGGAUGGCGAAGCUAGAAAUGUUGGAUGUCAGCUUCAACAAGUUGGUUGGGACAAUUCCAGAUACCAUAACUGCAGAGCGUCUGCGAUUUGUCUUUUUAACAAGCAACUUGCUAAGUGGAGAUGUGCCAGAUUCAAUCUUGAAGGAUGGAAGUAAUAUUGACUUGUCAUACAAUAACUUUACAUUGCAAGGCCCUGAACAAUCUGCUUGUCGAGAAAACAUGAACUUAAAUUUGAACUUAUACAGAAGCUCAACAGUGGUGAAUAGCUUACACCUUCUUCCAUGCAUGAAGACUUUCAAAUGUCCCAAGUAUUCAAGUUGUUUACAUAUUAACAGUGGUGGAAAAGACACAUUCAUCAAGGAAAAUAAAACAUCCAUUUUAUAUGAAGGAGAUGUAGCAGUUGAAGGUGGUGUGGCAAAAUAUUUUAUAAAUGACAAAAGCUACUGGGGAUUUAGUAGCACUGGGGACUUCAUGGAUGAUAAUGAUUACCAAAAUACUCGUUAUACUGUGUCUCUGCAAUCGUCAAAUAUUUCUGAACUGUACUCAACAGCACGCAAAUCACCAAUUUCUCUUACAUAUUUCCAUUAUUGUUUACAAAAUGGGGAGUACAUUGUAAAACUUCACUUUGAUGAGAUACAAUUCACUAACGACAAAACAUAUAACAGCCUGGGGAGGCGAAUAUUUGAUAUUUAUGUUCAGGAAAGGUUAGUAAGGAAGGAUUUCAACAUUGAAGACGAGAUUGGUGGUGCCCAAAAGCCUUUAGUGAUACCAGUUCCUAAUGUCAGUGUGACCAAUAAUAUCUUGGAGAUCCAAUUUUACUUUGCUGGCAAAGGAACAACAAGGAUUCCUGAUAGAGGGGUUUAUGGCCCCAUCAUAUCAGCCAUCUCUGUAUCUUCUGAUCUGAAACUUUGUUCAAGUGUUCGAAAGAAGGAAGCUGUUCACAUUGUGGUUGGAGUUGUUGGAGGAGCAUCAUGCCUGAUUUUCAUUGUACUGGGAAUUCUUUGGUGGCGAGGCUAUUUACCAGGAAAAUGGGGCAAAAGAAAAGGACAUGAUUUGCCAACAGGGACCUUUUCGUUGAAACAAAUCAUAGCUGCCACUAAUGACUUUGAUCCUUCCAACAAGAUUGGAGAAGGUGGUUUUGGUCCCGUGUACAAGGGUGUAUUAUCUGAUGGUACUGUGAUAGCAGUGAAACAACUCUCCUCUAAAUCAAGGCAAGGAAAUCGUGAAUUCUUGAAUGAGAUUGGCAUGAUUUCUUGUUUCCAACACCCAAAUCUUGUCAAGCUGCAUGGAUUUUGUGUUGAAGGGGACCAAUUAUUGCUGAUAUACGAGUACAUGGAAAAUAAUAGUCUUGCUCGUGCUUUGUUUGAUCGUGAAAAUAGCCAUCUUAAGCUGGAUUGGCCUACAAGACUAAAGAUCUGUAUUGGGGUAGCUAAGGGCCUAGCUUUUCUCCAUGAAGAAUCAAGAAUUAAGAUUGUUCAUAGAGAUAUCAAAGCUACUAAUGUGCUGCUAGAUGGGGACUUGAACCCCAAAAUUUCCGACUUUGGAUUGGCUAGACUUGAUGAGGAGGAAAAGAGCCAUAUCAGCACUCGGAUUGCUGGAACUAUAGGGUACAUGGCACCAGAAUAUGCGCUAUGGGGUUACUUGACCGAAAAAGCAGAUGUUUACAGUUUUGGAGUUGUGGCAUUGGAAAUUGUCAGCGGGAAGAACAACAACAACUUUAUGCCUAGCAACGAUUACGUUUGUCUCUUUGAUUGGGCAUGCCAUUUGCAAGAGAGUGGAAAUCUGAUGAAGCUUGUUGAUGAGGCAUUGAAGUCAGAGUUCAGCAAAGAAGAAGCAGAAACUAUGGUCAAAGUAGCCAUUUUGUGUACAAAUGCAUCUCCUACAAUUAGACCUAGCAUGUCUGAAGUUGUGAACAUGCUUGAAGGUCGAAUGGCUAUUCCGGACACGGUUCCAGAACCUAGCGGUUACAAUGAAGAUUUGAGGUUUAAGGCCAUGAGAGACCUCCGAAAAGUCAGUCAAAGUUUGAGUGGGGGCCAAACCCAAAAUUCAAUAAUCCAUACAUUUGCCUCUUCCUCUACAUCUGAACAUGAAUUCUCUGAAAUAAGUCCAUGCUCAAAACCAUAAGAUGUCAUGUAGCUGGGUGUUAUUGGUUGGGUGACUGGAGCCAUAGAAUCCAAGAAAGAGUGCCAGCUUCUGCUCCAAAUGCCAUGUUGAAAUUUUAUAACUUGUAAAAUUUUAGUGCAGUGGCAUGCCCUUAUAUGUAUAUAUUCUUGUACAAGUGUUUCUCUUUUAUCAAAUUCAUUUUUGUAUGCAACUGUAAAAAAUAAUUUAUUAAUAAUUUAUUCCUAUUGAAUUAAAUUAAUCAUUGGUUUUUCAUAUUAA